CAGUGUAAGCGGGGUUAUUAAGUCAAAUUUAUGGCGCGGGUCUGACAUUUUCUUAUGGCUAGUGGUUCACGAGAGUUGCUUAGACUGUUUGCGGCAACAGUAAAUCCACCACCCUUCAUAUAAUAUAUUUUCAGAUACAAGAUGCAAGUACUUUAGCUGGUGAGAUGCGAUUUAUUGAUCUCAACUCUGCUUUCAAAAUGACUUGUGAGCUUCAGCAGCGUGUCGUCGACCUUAUAUACUCACAUAAAAAGCACUUAAGAACUUUAGAGGCCAUUGUCCGAAUCAAACAAGAAGACACAAGUUCAAAUCUAAAUGGAGAGUCUCAAUGUCAGCAACAAACUCGUGACGAAAGUGAGACUGAUGAACAAGUAGAUCAUGAAAGUACUGUACCAGUCAACAAUGAUGAAUUGCCAAGCAAUAACAGUCAAGAGGAUCAACCGAUGUGUAACACGGAGAACACAAACAAAGAAGCUAUAAAUAAAGUAUCUGCUAACAAUCAGACAAAUAUUAUUUCUGAUGCCCUCACAACAAACUCCAUUAAAGAUGCAUGCGGAGCAACAAAUGAUAAACAUAGACUAGUCUCUAUAGAAUCACUAUAUCAUGAUAUGUUGCCUGGUGCUUUUGAUAAUAGUUCAACUAAUGAAAAUGUGCAGUGUCAUGCUUGUCAGUUAAGAAAUCAAGUACAAAAUGGAAUGACCAUUAACAUGGUUUGUGCAGCAUGCCCUGGUUUUCCUCGUAUUUGUUCAGCACAAUGCUUCCGUUGGUGGCACAGCGUUCACUUAUUGACACCAGUUAAUAAGGACUCCAAGUCUAUAGAAGAAGAUAAAACUUCUACAAUAGAAAACUUAUCAAGAAGUUUAAGUCCCUCUGAAUUCCAACAAUCAAGAAGAACUAAAGAAUACAAAGCUCAUACAAGAUCACUUCCUUUACUUUCCGCAUCAGGUGAUCUUAAACCGGAUGGACGAAAAAGAAAACGUAAAUCUCAUAGGUUUACACAUGUAAAACGACAUCCUCCUCAAGGUACUUCAUUUUGGGUUAAACAAUCUAAUAAUAUUAAUCCUAUCACUGUACAACCUAAGGCUGGUCGCCCACGAAAAACACAAGUUUACAUGAAUAUUAAAGAUCCAGAAUGGACACCUUACAGAAAAUAUUGAUCAUUACUAAACUAGAUACAAAUUAAAGAAAUGAAAAUAUACACAAUAUUUUUCUUCAAUAUAUUUAUAUACAAAUAUGAUUACACUUUAUUUUUCAGCUUUUGACAAAUCUCUUCUUCUUCUUAUAAAAUAUAUAGAUCAGUGUCAUUUGAAAUGUGUUAUUCUUGAAAGAAAUUCUCAUUAACAAUAUAACGAAUACAUUGCAUAAGUUGAUUACGUUCUUUUCGAAUAUCUUCAGCUAAUAACUAAAUCAGUGUAAUUGUGAAAAAAUAUUAAUUAAAAU